CUAGAAUAUCACUAAAGCUGAGGUUAUAAACAAGAAUAAAGUGAUUAAAAAUCAUAUUUUUUACAAAAUAUCCUGUGGGAUUUUAAAAAUUUUGAAAAAUUGUGAAAAUUGUACACCUUUUCUUUUAUCAAUAAUUUUCUAAAUUAAUUAUGAAAUACACGUUUAAUAGUCUUUAGCAUUUUGCUAAAAAGCCAGGCGGUACUAUAUGGACUCUAUUACAAUUGUAAACAAAUAAGCAAAACAUUACAAAAAAUGGAUGAUUCGGAAGUCAAAUUAGAAACUAAUAAUUAUCUGUUUUGCCGAGAAUGUGGACAAGUGUAUAAGGAAUGGGCAGAUCUUUUAAAUCAUAGAGAAAGUACACAUAAUCUGUAUACAUGCAAAUCCUGCGCCAAAGAAGAAACAUCUCUGGUAGACUUUGAAUACCAUCUUCAGAUCCAUGGGGGAAUGAAGAUCUUUAAGUGUAUCAUUUGCAACGAAAACUUUUCCUUCCUCUCUGAACUCAAUGAUCAUUUACCGACUCAUAUGCCAGAUGAUAGAACUACUCCGCCGGAUGAUGAAGAAUACCCUCAGCCCCUUCAGACAAUCACUGAAGUACAUAAUGAUGAAGUAAAAGCAGAAGAUUCUGACCAAGCUGAUAGGCAUUUCGAUGAGACAGAAGAAAAUGAAGAUAGUCGAGAUUCCAAGGAUCUUCUUAGUAGAAUGCAAAUGAUGAAGAAAAAACCAGAAAAACGUAAAAGAGGACGAACUGAGAAACAAAAAUUGCAAUAUGCCUUACUUGAGAAGGCCUUUAAAUGUCCACAAUGUCCUCACAGCUCAAAAACAGCAUCCAACUUGAAGCUGCACCUUCGAACGCACACCGGAAUCAAGCCAUAUGAAUGUGCAGUGUGUGGAAAGAAAUAUGCAGUAAAAGGCAGCCUAAGAAAUCACCUGAUUAUGAAGCACAACAGGAGCAAGAGGAAAACUGAAGUCUGCCAAAUUUGCGGAAAAGCAUUCUACUUUGUCCAGAGAUUGAGGAUACAUGUGCGAGAGAUUCAUUCAUCUCAACGUGAAAGAUAUCCCUGUUUUGUAUGUGGGAAAACAUAUGCAUCGAGAGGAACUGUGGCCAUUCACAUGCAGAGUCAUGCCAAACAAUCUGGAGCUCAUCCCUGUCCCAAGUGCAAUAAAUCUUUUGACACCCAUGUAGCAAUGCUUCAGCAUCAUCGUCAUAUGCAUGUUGCCCCAAAGAAGUACCUAUGCAAUUAUGAGACCUGCAACUUCCGAUCAGUAUCCCGAUCAGUACUUCUAGAACACCAAAGGACACACACAGGUGAAAAACCCUUCCAAUGCAGCAUUUGCAAUACUGCCUUCGCCACCAAAGCUGCUGUUGGACGUCAUGUAGCUCAACGCCACAAUCCUGCCACGCUUCAAUGUGAAUUCUGUGAGAAGGUUUUCAAAGUCUCCGCUACAUUGAGAUGUCAUAUCCGGAGAGUACAUUUAGAGAGGAAAAUCCCAUGCCCUGUGUGCGAUAAGCGAUAUGCAUCGAAAGGAGACCUCACCAGGCAUAUGAAAGAUAGUCAUUCCGCAAAAAAGAAUAAAACAGAAAAAGAAUAAUAAAUCUAUAUACAAGAUCAAAUUGAUCAAAGCCAAUUAUAGGCUUCUUGUUAAUGUACAAUGCUAAGUCAAAAAUAAAACUUUUUUUUUAGAAA